CAACAAGUUAACUUCAGCUCGUGAGAAAAUCAGUUUGCGCAAAAAAAGAAUUAAACGAGUGUGAACGUGGAAGCCAAAAUAUAAAAUAAAAAUUUUCUUCUAACGAAGAUUAAGAAACUGCAUUAAUCCACUUUAAAGUGCAUUUUGCGAAGAAAUAUUUUAACGAACGAAGGAACAAAGUGUCAAGAGUGAUGCAUCUCCAACUAAAAACGUUUUUGUGGAUUAUGUGCUUAAUUUUUUGCUACAUUCACGUUACUCGAGCAUCGUGUCUCAGUUACGGACACUCAUGCUGGGGGGCACAUGGCAAACGUAGCGGAGCACCAACGGAGAAGCUAAUUGAACAAAUUCCCGAUGAAACGGCAAACAAUAGAUGGGAAAUUAUUAAAAUAUUGCAGGAUAAGAAUAAUUUUCCUGCUCGCAAAAACUACAGAAAAGCCCUCAACCUCUACAGACUUGGCAAAAUCGAGGAAACUCCGUACGAUCAAAUUUUCGCUGGCGACGAUCCAAAAUCCGCUGAAGAUGCAGAAAAUGAAAAUAAUGAAAUUCUGGCAAAUUCCCUUUACGAGAACGACGGAAAGGCACAAAGACAGCGAAAAUAUUUCAAAGCGAUGGAAACUUAAGGAAAAUGCAGAAUUUUGUGAUUAAAAAUAGAGUUUAGUAACUUGUUACUUUAAAUGUUCGCAUCACUCAAACCAAACACUUGUGAAUAAUGCUGAGAAAUUUGGGCUGGAUUUGUCAGUAUUAUUAAUUAACGAAAAAUGUAGCAAAAAGGGAUUUAGUAGAAGCUUUCUGGAUGUUCAAUAAUUAUAAUUAUUUAGGGCUGGACUGAAAAUAAUUAAUAGAAAAAAUAAACAAUUAAUAAGUGUAAAAAUGGGAUAUA